AUACAAGUGAAAAACCAGAAGAGGUACCAACUGUAGCAGAACAGCAGCCGGAAGAGAUCAAAGAAGCAUCAGCUGAAACUAAAUCAUCUCCAGAAGGAGAAGAAGGAGAAAAGCUAGCUGAAGAUGAGUAUGAGGAGGCAGGAAGUGCUGCAAGUGAAGAAGAAGAACCACCACCAGAACCAGAAAAACCCCCAGAACCAGUGAAGAAGAAGAAAAAAGAAGUAGUAGAGAAGAAGAUCUCUGAAAAUUUCUAUUAUAACUAUGAAGAACUGUGCUCUUAUCCCUAUAUAACUCCAGAUUCUGGCAUACCGGUGAACCUGCUCUCUCUUAUGCAUUCUUUUGGAUAUGACUGCACUAGACGAGCAAACCUCCAGAUGCUGGAUAGUCAGAUUCUCCUCUACAUAGCUGGAAGCCAGUUAGUUCUUCUGGAUUUGAAAUCGAAUUAUCAGAGAUACCUUCGAAGCACAGGUGGUGGAGGGAUUGGUGUAAUCACGGCACACCCGGACAGAACUCAUUUUGCAGUAGGAGAAAAAGGUUGGAAGCCCAACAUGGUUAUCUAUGAGUAUCCUUCUCUAAGACCAUACAGAAUAUUACGAGGUGGAACAGAAGAGGCAUAUGCAUUUGCUGACUUUAACCGUUCUGGCACCCUGAUAGCCACUGUAGGGAGUAGCCCUGACUAUACAUUGACAGUCUGGGACUGGAAACAGGAAAAGAUUAUAUUGAGAUCAAAAGCAUUUUCACAAGAUGUUUAUAAAGUUACUUUUUCUCCUGAAAAUGAAGAACAACUUACUACAUCUGGUUCAGGCCACAUCAAGUUUUGGAGAAUGGCUCUCACUUUUACUGGCUUGAAAUUACAAGGGGCAUUAGGUAGGUUUGGAAAGACAUCACUGACAGAUAUUGAAGGAUAUGUGGAGCUGCCAGAUGGUAAGGUACUUUCAGGUUCAGAAUGGGGUAAUUUGCUUCUUUGGGAAGGGGGACUCAUAAAAGUGGAACUCUGUCGACCUGGCCGUAAAAAUUGUCAUAAUGGUCCUAUUAAUCAGUUAAUUCUGGAUGAAGGAGAAGUGAUCACUGUUGGAUCAGAUGGAUACAUCAGGGUUUGGGAUUUUGAAACAAUAGACACAGCUGAUGUUGUGGAUGAUACUGGACUUGUAGAGAUGGAACAUAUAAACGAACUUUUAGUUGGUAAAAAUGUCAGUCUGAAUUUUAUGAUGAAAAUUCAUGAACGGGGAGAACCAUAUUGGUAUGCUCAGGAUUUCAAUGGAGCCAUAUGGAAGCUUGAUUUAAGUUUCUCGAAUGUUACACGUGAUCCAGAAUGUCUGUUUACUUUUCAUUCUGGAAAGAUAGAAGCCAUAAGUGUAUCUCCAGUUACAUAUAUCAUCGCAACUACUGCUCUUGACCGUUCAGUGCGUAUUUAUGAUUACAUUGGCAAGAUGCAAUUAGCUGAUAUGAAAUUUAAACAGGGAGGAACAGCACUUACCUGGGCUCCAACAUUGGUAAAUCCCAAAGGAGGUAUUAUUGCUGUAGGUUUUCAGGAUGGCGUUGUUCGCAUAAUUGAACUUUAUAAUCCCAAAGGACUGCCUGUCAUUGCUGGACGGGAAAAUGUAGGAGAUGCAGCCUUGCGUCUGAAACAGGCUUUUAAACCUCAUGUGUCUGUAGUUACAGCUUUGGCCUAUGAACGUAACGGGGAAGUGCUAGCCACAGGGAGCAAAGAUAAAACUGUUUUCUUCUUUACUGUUGACGAUAAAUAUGAACCUAUUGGAUUCAUUAGUGUUCCAGGACCAGUACAGGCAUUACAAUGGUCACCCCAUUCUCAUCCAGAGAGCAAGCUCCUUAUCCUUUGUCAGAAUGGCAUCGUUGUUCAGGUUCCUGCUCCAGACCCUAUGGCCUACGAUGCAGUAACUACCUAUAGGAUCAAAGAUCUACCUGCAGAAUAUUUUCGUUUCUGGAGCAUCAAAUCUCGGAUAUUGAGAGAAGAGGAAAUUAAACACAGAGAAAAAAUUAAACAACAGAAGGCGAAAGAAAAGGAGCAAUGGAUCAAAAAACAGCUGGAUCAGGGGAAAACGCUAGAAGAAAUAGAACUGCCCGAAGAAGCACCUGUUGAAGAGGAACCACUUCCAGAAAUCUACAUCCCAGAAACUCCAAGUCCCAUCCUUUGUGGAUUUUACUCUGAUCCCGGGAGAUUUUGGUUAUCGUUGGGAGAAUACGACACAGGAUUUUUGUAUCAUUGUGCAUUUUCCUCUGAGCAGCAGCAAAAAGAUCCCGAGACUCGGCAGGAUGAACCCUUUGAUGUUAUCCCUAUUGAAGAUGCAGAUGAAACUCCCAUUCAUCGCAUCACAUUUUGCUCCACAGGUUUACUAAUGUUUUGUGGAAUGCAGAAUGGAAUAGUGAGGAUUUAUCCUCUCCAUAGCAAAGAACUCUGUGUGGACAACAUAGCUGGAUAUUGGUCCUUCAGUUUGCAUGAUAAUGACUAUGGGCAAAUUCAAGGGAUAUACUCCAGUUUUGAUGAUCGAUUUCUAGUAACUUGUGGAGCAGAUGGCAACAUCUUUGCCUAUAACAUUCUUUCUGCUGAGGAAGUUAAGAAAGUCCUGAAGACUAAAGUGCCUUCUCCAAGAAGUGGUCUUGACAAAGAGAAAGUAGCAGAUGAUAUUGAGGAUAUAUAUGCCUACAGUAUUGAGAAUGCCAAGCAAAAAAGAGAAUAUGAUCAGAUAAUGAGUACUGCAGAAUAUAAGAAAUAUUUGAAGAGAAAAGAACUGGUUUUAUUCAGGCAGGAGUUUCAGGAAUUGCUCCGGAUCAAUAGUGAAUUGCCCAAACACAUGCAGCUCCUUAGAGAAGUAUGUAUAUUGAUUUCUUUUCUUCAUGGGGAAUAAGGGUUAAUGUGGGGUUGUACCUUGAGUUUUAUGAUGAGUUAGCAUUUAUUUUUUAUUGUUGGGUUCCACUGUAUGUUCUAACUGCUUAAAUUGCUUUUUA